AUGAAGACGACAGACGAGAUCCUCAAGAAUCUCCGGGCUCACUCAUUCGAACUUGAAAAGAUACAAAGGCUGUAUGUCGCAGCAAGUAGGAAGAUCAACGACCUGUUCUUUUGUGAAGAGUAUACAACUUCCAGUAAAAGUAGUCAAGGGGAAUUGGCGACUGCGGGUUCCGGCGACCGCGAUGCAAUAACAGUCGUUCUCCACGCAAAACAUCGUAACCUAGUGAGGUUCUCGACCAAGGAGGAGGACAACUAUCAAACGGUAAUACACUACAUCAAGGAAAAUGCGAGCAAUGCGCUCGAGGAGGUCAAGAAAAAAUGGAUCACAGAAGAUAUCUAUCGCGGUGCUUCAAAGGGACACUGUACUAGCGAGAAGACUUUGCAGCCGAAACCCCGACCAUCCGUAUCUCGAACUUAUGUCGAGCGAAAAGAGCUCAAGUCACGUAUCACGGAAUGUCUGCUUCCGGGCGCUCAAUUGAAGCGUCAACCGCGGUGUAUAUUGCACGGACUUGGAGGGGCGGGCAAGACUCAGCUCGCGACGAGCUGGAUUCAGGAGCACGAGGCCAGAUUUAGUCGAGUGAUCGUCGUCGACGCUUCCACUACAGCUCAAUUGGAAACCGACUUGGAGAGAUCGAUUCGCUCUCUAGGCACUGAUUACUGCAAUUCAACGUGGGAAGAUGCAGUUAUGCAUCUCAAUGUCGAUCAGAAGGGAUGGCUACUUUUCCUCGAUAAUGCCGACUCAUCAGAUCUCGAGCUGGAUCCAUAUCUUCCCACUUCUAUCCACGGGACAGUCUUAAUCACCACAAGGAAUAGUGGAUGCGCCGCAUAUGCCCCGGAUAGUAGUAUUCUUGUCGGUGGUCUUGAAGCGCGCGAGGCAAUGGACCUCCUUCAUACAACCGCCAACGUAUACCCUACAUCUGACGCUGAUUCACUGCAAAUUGUCACCGAGUUAGGGAUGCUGGCUCUGGCUAUUGCCCAGGCAGGAACAUAUAUUCGCAAGACACGACGCCUCGAUACGUACCUCACCACAUUCCGUACGCAUCGGAAUCAACUUCUGCGCAAGCAGUCAAAGAUUGGCACGGAAUACACCUCUUCGACAUAUACCGCGUUUGAUCUAUCCUUCCGCGGCUUGCCGACAAAGACACAAGACUUCCUGAGGCUAUUCGCAUUCCUUCACCAUUCACUCAUUCCAAUCGCCUUGUUUGAACGAUCGACAAUGUCCGGUUUCACUACCUACAAGGUCCUGAAAAGCUAUUCUCCACCAGGGAGUGAUAAGACUUUCGCCUUAAAGCUCCAGGAGAUAUUGGGCCAGACGUGGAACGAGGUUGCGUUCCAGGAAAUUGUUGACUCGGCCUCAGGCGCGUCGUUUAUCGACGUUUCGCCGGACGGGCUCUUCUAUACCGUGCAUCCUUUGCUUCAAAUGUACAUCAAGGAUUCCUUCAGUAAAGAGGAGAAGGAUUGCUUUAUGCGUACGGCUGCGCAACUUUUACUGGGUGCAAUCUGGCCGCUGGAGGGUAGCAAUGCCCUGUUUUGGCAGUUGCUCCCUCAUACCAACAGUAUCAUUCGAGCCAUCGAACCGGAAAACGUGGCACACCUACUGGCUUUUCACGAGCUUUACAACUCUCUAGGGGACUGGAAGGCGUGUCGAGAGUUGUUGGUGUCUGCCUUUUCUGAGGUUGAACGGUCUAGAGGCGAAAGGCAUAAGGAUUGCAUGUGGUUGAUGGGCAAUCUCGCUCACGCGCUACGGAAUUGUGGUCGGUUGGAUGAGGCGGAAAAGAUGCAACGACGCCUACUGGAACUGCAAUUCGAGGUUGUUGGGACCCGGCACCUAAAUAAUAUCGGUAUCAUGAACAAUCUCGCGGCCAUCUGUGCUAGCCGUGGUCAUUUGGGCGAGGCAGAGGACAUUUAUCGAAAGGUACUUGACCUGGCGGGGGAUAUUCUUGGCCAACGUCACCCGGACACCGUCAUGGCAAUGAGCAACCUCGCGACCAUCUUAUGCAACCGUGGUCAGUUGGACAAGGCCGAACAGAUACAGCGACAAGUACUUGCCCUAAGGGUCAUAACUCUUGGCCAACAACAUGUAGACAGCAUUGUAGCCAAGAACAAUCUCGCAUGUACCUUGGUCGGCCGUGGUCAGUUGGAGGAGGCCCAAAAUAUGUGGGGAGAUAUCGUCCCUCUGCAGCUCGGAAUUCGGGGAAUACGGCACCCAGAAACCAUCAUCUCGAUGAGCGAUUUCCCAUACGAAUUUCGCCAUGGUGGUCAUUUUGGUAAUUGCAGAGAGAUGCAGCAGAAGGCACGCGCGCUGCAGUUCCUCACCCUUGAUCGCCUGCAUCCAGGCGCCAUCGUAGCAAGCAGUGGUUACAACUGUUUGCUGCGCAACCAUUGUCAGCCAUAUAAGGCUGACAAGAUGCGACAGGAGGCGAUCACCCUUCAGCUUGAGAUCCAUAGCCAGCAGUAUCCAGAUCCUAUUGCGUCGAUGAAUAAUCUCGCAUGCACCUUAGCUGACCGUGGUCAGUUGGAAGAGGCGGAAAGAAUGCGGAGACAGGUACUCAUUAUGCAGCACCAGAUGCGGGGUAAAGAACAUCCCGAUACAAUCAAGACAAUGAAUAACCUCGCAUGCACCUUAUCUGACCGCGGCCAAUUAGAAGUGGCAGAGACAAUGCAGCGAGAGGCACUCGCUCUAGGUUGCAAACUCCUUGGGGAAAGGAACCUGGUCACCAUUGCAAUAAUGAACAACAUUGCAUGCAUUUUCCAUGACCGUGAUCAGUUGGACAAGGCAGAAGGGAUGCAGCAGAGGGUACUCGCUCUGCGACUUGACAUUAGCGGACAACGCCAUCCGACCACCAUUGCAGCAAUGCACAACCUCGCAAUCACCUUGCACAGCCGCAGCCAGCUAGAGGAGGCAGAGAAGAUACAACUAGAGGUACUUGCUCUCCAGCAUGAGAUCUGUGGCCAGCGUCAUCCAGACACCAUCACGGCAAUGAACAACCUCGCGGUUACUUUGCACAGUCGUGGUAGACUGGAUGAAGCUGAAAAGAUUCAACGGGAAGUGCAGGCCCUGCGGCGCGAUAUCCUUGGGCAAAGGCAUCCAGAUUUUAUUACAGCAACGAAAAAUCUGGAAUAUAUCUUGUCCAGUCGUAGCCAGGUUGAUGAAGAGGCAACCAAGGAAACUACAGAAUCUCAUUCAAUCUCCGCCUGA